ACAAUCGAAGAAUUUUCAGGUUUUCUUUUGUUAUGGUGCAUGAAUGAAUGAAUUAAAUGCUGGAAUGGCGUGGUAUAUUGUCACGUAAGAAGCGAUUUAAUCCUGCUUCUUUUCCUCUCUGCAAAGAGUUUUGUCGGGAAGUGAUGAACACCUCGAACUGGAGAUUAUGUUCUUCCUCUAAACUUCUGUUUGCAAGAUACAGCUCUCUCGUCUAAUCUCCUUUACCUUUUGAUCAUGUCGCAUACUCUCUCUCUCUCUCUCUCUCUCUCUCUCUCUCUCUCUGUGUGCGCGAGCGCGCUUUAGCUGAAAGAUUUGGAUUUCUUUUGUACUCUCAUAAAUUUCUCUCCGUAGGCUGGGGAACCCCUAUUCACGCUAUCAGUCGUAUGUGAGGAAAUUUAGAGGGGGAGAAGGAAUGGAUUCCUUCAUUUGGGACCUUCUAGCUUGAGGUUUUGACUGAACCUUUAUCUCAUGGAUGGUAGUAAGUUUAAGUUGAUCUCUUUAGAAUCUGAAUUUGAGUUUAUGUGGUGAUACUAUGCUGGACACCUCUUGGAUCCAGACUUGAGUAAAGGAUGAGACUGCACUCAGUGGAGUUUGGAAUUGAUGGCUCUAUUCAUGGUGAGACAGUAGGAAAUGCUAUCACGAGGGAUGUUAGCUGUAUAGAGGAUGAAAGCAAAACAGGUGGUUGUUCAGUUGAACCAACUUAUAAACAAGAUCAAGGUGAUGCAUUGGCUCAAGACUGUUCUGGAGGGGAUACAAUUCCAUCAGCAGUUCCCGCAGUAUCAGUUGUUUCGGCUGAAGAGCCCUAUGUCGGUCAAGAGUUUGAGUCAGAAGCAGCAGCACAUGCCUUUUAUAAUGCAUAUGCCACAAAUGUUGGAUUUGUCAUACGUGUAAGUAAACUCUCUCGAUCAAGACGUGAUGGGUCUGCUAUUGGACGGGCACUUGUUUGCAAUAAAGAGGGUUACAGAAUGCCUGACAAGCGUGAAAAGAUUGUAAGGCAAAGGGCAGAGACAAGGGUUGGCUGUAGGGCGAUGAUUUUGGUCAGGAAAGUAAGUUCUGGUAAAUGGGUGGUUACAAAGUUUGUUAAAGAUCACACACAUCCUUUGACACCAGGAAAAGGUAGAAGGGAUUGCAUUUAUGAACAAUAUCCGAAUGAACAUGACAAAAUUCGGGAACUCUCCCAACAGUUGACUAUAGAGAAAAAGCGAGCUGCAACGUAUAAAAGGCAUCUUGAAUUGAUAUUUGAGCAUAUCGAGGAGCACAAUGAAAGUCUUUCAAGGAAAAUACAGCACAUAGUAGACAGUGUGAAGGAGAUCGAAAGCAAAGAAGCCCAGAGUCAUAGAUAGGGUCAACUAUCAACAAGUUAGUCUUUGAUUUAUUUAUUUUUUCACUAGAUGAAAAUGAAAACAACCGCUGCUGUCAAAUGUCGCAGGACGAAGUAUGCAAUGAUAUCUGAUAAUUGCUGACUUACAGUAUUUGCUGCGGACCAGUCCAGUUCUAGUUGUCAGGUGGUUAUGUUCUAGUGUUCUUCACUUUGUUUGGUUUUUAUAGAAUUUAUUUUCCCCCCCUCCUAAUUCUAUGGUAAUUUUCGCCGGUAGAAGAAUCUAAUUCAGUCCAUGUACAGGUCCUUUGAGUCCCUUCUUAUGAAGUUUGUCUAACAAUGUAAUGACAGCCAUAACGGGCAUUCAAAUGCCCUGAUAGAGUUGAAUCAUUCCAUUACUGAUUUCGUGGAAUUUGAUCCAAGGCUCCCUUAUAUGUAUAGGAUUC